AUGGCCUCAUCAGUUGCUAAGUUCUUCUUCCUUUCCCUAUUGGCCGUAUCGCUGAUAGCUUCUCCUGGCGGCGCACAACUGUCGGCCAACUUUUACUCAACUUCCUGCCCAAACCUCCUCACCAUUGUCCGCAACCAAAUGACUCAAGCCGUCAACAACGACGCCCGGAUGGCCGCUUCCAUCCUUCGCCUCUUCUUCCAUGAUUGCUUCGUUAACGGGUGCGACGCGUCGGUACUUCUCGACGACACCACAACUCUCACCGGCGAGAAGAAUGCGGGGCCAAACCAAAACUCCCUGCGAGGUUUCGCCGUCAUCGACAACAUUAAGACCAGGGUCGAGGCCGCUUGCAACGCCACCGUUUCGUGCGCUGACAUCCUUGCUCUCGCCGCCCGAGAUGGAGUCGUCUUGGUAAUAUAUAUAUUAUCACCUCGUAUUUCGCCAUAUUAA